AUGGGCGCCAUUGACGUGUUAAAGAAGUGGGACUUCUACAAGAAGAUCCCCGAGGACUUGACCGUGAGCACGUUACCAGGCGUCAGUUUAUCCAUUGCUGGCUGUUUCAUCAUGUUUGUGCUCUUUAUUCUCGAGUUCAAUAGCUACCUCACUGUAGAUUACAAGUACGACAUUGUCAUGGACGAAGGACUGGAUCAGACAAUGCGUAUUAACUUUAACAUUACGGUACCGGAUUUACCUUGUGAAUUUGCUUCGGUGGACGUAUCGGAUAUGACGGGUACACGGAAACACAACAUGACGUCCAAUAUCUUUAAGAUUCGAUUGGACCAAAAGGGCCGCAGUGUUGGCCUUGCUCAGGAGAAUCAGAUUAAGCCACGAUUCGCUGAUGACGCUGAGUACGGUGAAUUGCCUGAAUCAGACGCUACCGUGACUAUUCUGGACGAAGAUACUUUUGAGCCUUUCCUGAAGCAACAUCACUAUGUGGCGGUAGACUUUUUCGCCCCAUGGUGUGUGUGGUGUAGAAGGAUGGAGCCAGUGUGGACUCGUGUAGCCAAGACACUGCCAUCACUACACUAUGGCCAGCAACUGCGUGUUGCAUCGGUCGAUUGCCAGGCCCACCCGCAGCUCUGCAUGACGCAGUUUAUCCGUGCAUAUCCGAGUAUUUUAUUCUACAAGGACGGCGAUUUGUCACCUGUGGAGAUGUACUUUGGAGAUCGAACAGUGGAAGCUUUUGUGGGCAAGUUUAAACAGCUUAUGGAUGGUAAGGUGGAUGCUGUAGAAGCCCGCAAGAAGGAGCUCUUUGAGCAGGACAAGAAGAAUGCACAUGAGCAGGGGCAUGCAAUUGCUCGCUCAGCUGUCGGCCCAGAGGGAUGUCGUCUGUACGGUCACCUGUAUGUCAAGCGCGUGCCUGGCAACUUUCACGUGCAUUUGGCUAACCCAGCAUACUCGAUGGACUCGUCGUUGGUAAAUGCGUCGCACACAGUAAACGAGCUGUGGUUUGGCGAACACUUGGUACCUGGUGAGAUGGCAAAGUUGCCGCGCGAAGCACAGACACAGCUGUACACGCACCGAUUGGACAAUGAGGAGUUUACAUCGUUCUACAAGAACCACACGUACGUACACUAUAUCAAAGUAGUGACAAACUCGUACGUGCAGAGUGAUGGAUCAGAGGUCAACGUGUACAAGUACACGGCGCACUCGAACGAGUACCUGGAGACAGAGGACUUGCCGUCCAUCAUGUUCCGUUACGACUUGUCGCCGAUGUCUGUGCGUAUUUCGGAGGACACGGUGCCGUUCUACCAUUUUGUCACGUCGGCUUGCGCUAUCAUCGGCGGUGUCUUUACCGUCAUUGGUAUUUUCGACCAAGUCAUCCACCAGACGUCGCGUGCUUUAAACAAGAAGGUGUUGUAA